ACAAUAACAUCAUCUAAGCCAAGAGGGAAGAUUUUUCUUUUUUUCUUUUUGGUUUUUGUUUUAAGAGAGAGAGAGAGAGAGGUGCUUUUGCUAUUUUUAUAAAGCUAACAUUUUUAUAUUUUCUUUUCUUUCUCUUUUUUCAAUUUCUCUUUUGUCUUUCUGGUAUUGUCCCUGUUGAUUUUUUUUUCUUUCUCCCCUUUUCUCUUUCUCUCUAUCUCUUCAAAAUCGAUUAGGACGAUUACACAAAAGCCAUAUUUAGGGUUUAUCAAAACUGCAGAUCAAAGCCCAAAAAAGCUCAGAAUUUUUAGGGUUUCUUCUCGUUUUCUCUUACAUUCUCAGAUCUCUCAAAUCAUCAUCUUGUCAAUGUAAGUUUGUUUUAUCUUUGACUACAUCUUUUCUUCGAAAUCUUUUCUCUACAAUUGCAACUUCUAAUUAUGGAACGUUACAUGCAUAGACCCGUUUAUGUAACUUUUUUUCAAUGCCCAAUCUGAAUUAGGGUUCCACUGAUCAAAUAUGAAUACCCUGUUGUUUUUAAGUGUUUUUUUAAUUUAAGGUUGGAGCUUUGAUUUAACUGUUGUUGAGAUUGAUUAAGAUUGUUAGGGCUUGGGUUAGGGUUAGGGUUUUCUGAGUAAAUAUGAUCAAACAGAUAUUGGGUAAGCUACCUAGAAAACCAUCAAAAUCAUCUAAUAUUGACUCGAGCAAUGAUGGCGGGGUCAAUGCCUAUUCAUCUCUCAACCCUUCCCAUGGACCCAAUUCCGUAAACAACUCAAAGUCAUCAUCCAUUUCUUCAAAGUCUUCGAAUUUGGGUUCCGGUGGUUCGCGCACAAACAAUGGAAGUCUUGCCUCGCAGAACAAAUCUAAUCCAGGGAAAAAAUCAGCUCCUGGUGUAGGCCAAGUUGGUCCUAUGUUGGCUUCUGGGGCUUAUGAGGCAUUACCUAGCUUCAGGGAAGUUCCUAGUUCAGAGAAGCAGAAUCUAUUUCUUAGGAAGUUGAAUAUGUGUUGUGUUGUAUUUGAUUUUAGUGCUCCUUCUAAAAAUCACAAGGAGAAGGAUAUAAAGAGGCAGACAUUGCUUGAGCUUGUUGAUUAUAUUUCUUCUGUCACAUCAAAGUUUAAUGAGGUGACUAUGCAAGAGAUUACGAAGAUGGUGGCAAUUAAUUUGUUUAGAACGCUUCCAUCUGCAAAUCAUGAUAACAAGAUUCUAGAAAUGUUUGACCCUGAAGAGGACGAACCGGCUAUGGAGCCAGCAUGGCCUCAUCUUCAAAUUGUGUAUGAAUUUCUUCUUAGAUUUGUGGCUUCAACGGAGACUGAUGCCAAGCUUGCGAAGAGAUAUGUUGACCAUUCAUUUGUGUUGAGAUUGCUAGAUUUGUUUGACUCUGAGGAUCAGAGGGAGAGGGAGUAUUUGAAGACAAUACUGCAUCGCAUUUAUGGGAAGUUUAUGGUGCAUCGUCCAUUUAUUCGGAAAGCUAUAAACAAUAUCUUUUAUCGCUUCAUAUUUGAGACAGAGAGGCAUAAUGGGAUUGCAGAACUGCUUGAGAUUUUAGGCAGCAUAAUUAAUGGGUUUGCUUUGCCAUUGAAGGAAGAACACAAGCUCUUCCUGGUGCGUGCUUUGAUUCCUCUUCACAAGCCCAAGUGUGUAUCAAUGUAUCAUCAGCAACUUUCAUAUUGUAUAACUCAGUUUGUGGAGAAAGAUUUCAAGCUUGCUGAUACCGUUAUCCGGGGUCUUUUAAAGUAUUGGCCCAUAACUAAUAGUUCCAAGGAGGUUAUGUUCCUUGGUGAGUUGGAGGAAGUUUUAGAAGCCACUCAAGCAGCAGAGUUCCAACGCUGCAUGGUCCCCUUAUUCCGGCAAAUUGGACGCUGUCUUAACAGUUCACAUUUUCAGGUUGCUGAACGUGCAUUGUUCUUGUGGAACAAUGAUCAUAUAAGGAAUUUGAUCACGCAAAAUCGAAAAGUCAUACUGCCUAUUAUCUUCCCAGCUUUGGAAAGAAACACAAGGGGCCACUGGAACCAAGCUGUGCAGAGUCUGACUCUGAAUGUGAGGAAGAUAUUCUCAGAUGCUGAUCAAGAACUUUUUGACGAGUGCUUGGUUAAGUUCCAAGAAGAUGAAAUCAAAGAGAGAGAAGUACAGGAAAAGAGAGAAUCAAAAUGGAAAAGAUUGGAGGAUGUGGCAGCCUCUAAGGCCAUAAGCAAUGAAGCGGUGCUUGUGUCAAGGUUUGUCUCCUCUGUAGCAAUUACCUCCGGGACAAGUCCGCGUGCCACUGCAGCUAGUUGAGGACCUCAGCAGGUGUAAACUACCAGAGUUUACACAUGUUUGAAUCGUAUGAUACUGGGAGGAACCUCAUUGGCUUCAUAUGGAAAUCGUUUGGCCUCUCAUCCCCUUGGUUUCUCAUUUCAUCUCAUGAGCAGGAUAAGCGCAAUCUGGGUUUCAAGGGAACUGGUUAAUCCUUUUUUGGGUUCUGGGCUCAUCCUGUUUUAUUUUUCUUUUCAGCCAUUAAAGUGUAAGUGUGUGUAUUAUAAGGGAUAUGAUUUAUAGAGACAGUUCUUCAGAUUUCCGUGCUGAUAAUAUUUAUUUCCCCUGUAAUGAUGCAAAGAAGAUUGUUCCUUCUGUGUUUCAGCGUAGAUGAUUCCUUGCUUUUUAGCAUUUUAA